AUGUCUGGCUGUAACUCGACAACUUCGACCGGCACAGUUCAGGCGGCAUGUAACGGCUCUACUCCGAAUCCAUGCGAGUCAAAUCUGCCGUGUAAGGAGGAAACCGGUUGGAGGAGGGUCAUUCGCAACUUCACGCCUUCAUGGUUUGCAGUCAACAUGGGCACUGGUAUUGUGUCCAUACUGUUGCACAACCUUCCAUACAAUGCGAUAUGGGUUCAGUAUAUAUCGUACAUCUUCUUUGGGCUUAAUGUCGUUCUCUUCACUGUCUUUACUGCUUUGUCCAUUGCUCGAUACACCUUGUACCCAACCAUCUGGUCUGCCAUGAUCUCACAUCCGGGCCAGUCUCUGUUCCUUGGAUGUUUUCCCAUGGGACUUGCGACUAUCAUUAAUAUGAUGGUGUUCAGCUCCUGGAGCUUAUGGUGGUUCGACGUUUGGGUUUCCGUCGCUACUUGCGUCAGCAUGCCUUUUAUCGUCAUGCACCGCCAUCGUCCUGGUCUUGAGAAUAUCACUGCGGCUCUAUUACUCCCCAUCGUGCCGGCUGUCGUUGCAGCUGCAACAGGCGGCAUAGUUGCAGAGGAACUGCCUAACCACCAUCAAGCUUUGACGACUGUGAUAGCCUCUUAUGUUCUUUGGGGAAUCGGAGAAUCGUUCUCGGCUAUUGUUCUGGCGCUAUACUUUCAUCGACUCACGAUCCAUUCCAUCCCUCCUAAGGAGGUUAUUGUCAGCGUCUUCCUUCCAAUAGGACCUCUUGGACAAGGAGGAUUCGGCAUUCAGCAGCUUGGAAAAGUGGCCAUGCACGUAGUUCCCAAGACCAAUGCCUUUGGUGAAGUUGCUGUGCGAGCUGGCGAGAUGCUAUACGUUCUCGGAGUCUUCUUUGGUAUUGUGAUGUGGGGGUUUGCACUUGUGUGGCUGUCCUUCGCACUUAUCAGCAUUGCCAUGAUGCCAAAUGUACCACGCAAUUUGGGCGCUUGGGGUUAUACGUUUCCUCUCGGUGUGUUGGCAACGUGCUCCAAUGCUCUGGCGGAAAACUUGGACAGUGAUUUCUUCAAGAUUGCUACCAUGAUCAUCUCGCUCGCGGUAGUGGUACUGUGGGUUGUUGUUGCGGCAAGAACUCUCAAGCUUGCCAUUACAGGAGAAAUGUUCCAUGCCCCUUGUUUGAAAGACCUGCGAGAGAAGUCACAGGCUGCAGGAUCGGAUAGAAGAGUUUAG